AUGGAGCCUACCACCAGUACAGAAGCUGCUGCUGCAGCUGCUGUUGGACCCGAUCCACGCCUCGAAUUAAUGGGCUCUUUUGUAAUAAAAUCACUUAAAUUAAAACCGGAAAAAUGGACACGUGUCAUAACGGUUGAAGAACACAAAGCCAUCAUAAAAGAAUUUCUCGAUCGCCCCAUACCAAUGGUGCUGGUGAUAAUUCUCACACAGGCCGCCCAAUUGGUACCAUCCACUACCUUUCCCCUCUCACAGCUAAAGAGCAAAGGGGUGUAUUUUAUUAAGAAACAUCCACAGCCUGUGCCACGGGAAGAAUGUGGCAAUUUUAUCAUUUUUGGUGACUUGGCUACACGCACCAUCGAUCAGCUGUCCGCGUUGGUCGAGGAGGUGCUUGUACCAUUGCUCUCCAAUGAUGUCAACUACAAGUCGUGGCCCACAAUGGUUGCACAGGAUGUGCAAAAGCAUGUGCAUAGUUUGAAGAGCACUGUACAUCAAGUGAAGGGGCAGGUGAGUGGUGAGACCAUACUCGCUAUGCCUGUUGGAGUUGAGCUGAUUGUAAAGUUGGCUGCUAAAUUGAAUGAUUCACGGCGCAUAGCAAUCGAUUUGUAUUUGAAAAGUGCCAUCGAGGGUGUGGUUAUCAAGUGGGCCGAACAAAUACAUGAAGUCAUCAAAGAGAAUCCAUCGAAUGCGUUUCAAAAUGGACAGAAUCCGACCCCAAACAUUGAAAUCGCUUUCUGGAACAACCGCCUCAAAAACUUAUCCUUCAUCUUCGACCAAUUGCGUGGUGAACGUAUACGUGCCAUGGCUUUGGUGUUGGAGUACACCGAUAGUGCGUAUCAUCCAUGCUUCCAAGGUAUAUUCAAGAAUGUUGUAACAGCGUUGGCCGAAGCGAAAGACAUAACACUCUAUCUGAAUCCUUUGAAGCGCCUAAUACAAUUGUUGGAGGAAUUUGAUUUCGCCGAAUGUAAACCAUUGCUAAUACCGCUAAUGUACGUAGUUUGUACUAUGUGGGGCAAUUCGCGUUAUUAUAGUAACUCUUCGAAAAUAACGGUACUGCUGAAACAAAUCUGUAAUCUGAUUAUACAUCAGGCCAAGCGUUAUCUCGAUCCUUCCUCGAUAUUCCACAGCGAUAUUGACGAAGCAAUGCAACGACUCACACAAUCUAUACAAAUCUUGAAAUUCUUUCGCGAACUUUUCGACUACUACAAAGAACACCUGGCUGACUUCUUUCCUACGCCUGAGGAUAGACCACCGAUUUUCUGGACCUUUCAUCCAAAUUCCGUUUUCAAUCGCUUUAAUGCAUUUUUGGAACGUCUAACAACAAUACAAUGGUUCUUCUUUACGGUGAUUGAAUUCUUGAAAUUAGAGAAAGUUGAGAUCGGUGGCCUGCGCGGGCGACAAUUGAGCACACGCAUCACCGCAGUUUAUGUUGAAUUCAAUCAAUAUUUUACUGCAUUCGCCUCCAAGUCAUAUGACGUACUCGAUCCGGAUGAUCAUGAGUUUGAUGACGAUUUCAAAGACUUUCAAACGCACAUAUUGGAAUUGGAUAUGAAAUUGGCUGCGAUACUGUGCCAAGCGUUUGAUGAUUGCCACAAUUUGGAGAGUAUGUUCAAGUUGAUAAAUAUUGUGGGCAGCGUAAUUGAUCGCCCCAAAAUUAAGGAGCAGUUCACACAACGGUAUACAGAAAUCGUACAAAUGCUUGAAGUGGAAAUGACCACCUGUGAGGAUAUAUUCUACAAGCAAUUGGAUUUGCAACAGACGAAUACUAAUUUAUAUCCCGAUUAUAAUUGCCCACCAGUAGCCGCUUUCAUACGCUGGUGCAAUCAACUAGAGGCGCGAAUUAGUACACCGGUUAAAAAUUUUCAAAAAUUACAACACGACAUCACUAAAUCGGAAAUGGCUGUGGAUAUAUUUACACGCUACGAACGCUUGAUGCGUCGCCUGGGCAUACACAAAACUUGCGCCUUUGAUGAAUGGAGUGAGAAGUUGCCUGAGCAAAUCGAAAUGAAUCUCAAGGUUUCGCUCAUUGCACGCGAUCCCAACAGUAAUUCGUUGAUUUUGAAUUUCAGUCCAGAACUCUUUAGUAUUCUACGUGAGGUGCAUUAUUUAAAGCAAAUGGUUGUCGAGGGUAUACCGGAAAUCGCUUUGGAUUUUGCAGAGAAGAAUGAAACAUUUCGAACAUACACAUUGAACCUGGAGAAGACCAUCGACUGGUAUAAUACUAUACAAGAGAAUAGUUCUCCUGUUGAAUUGCAAUUGAUCGAAUCCGAAAUAAAACAAAUCGAUGAUUUGGUGGAGAUUGGAGUAGACGAAUUGGUAUGGAACUCCGAGGAUAUUACCACAUAUCUAAACAAGCUUCGCACUCCUGUUGCUGCUUUGCAAAAUCGUAUGCAUCAUACCCAAAGUAAUCUACAACAAAUCAGUCAACUCAUGUCCGUUUGGGCGAAGCAACCACUCUUCGAACGUAAAGAUUCCAAAAAGGAUACGGUGCUUUGCAUUGAAGAGCGACCAGAUCGUACGGCCAAGCGAUACGCUGAGAUACAAGCCGCUUCUGUGGAAAUACACAAACUACUUGAGGACAAUUUGAUUCAGUUCAAUAUGGAGAAUAGGCAAGAAGAUGAAAUUUGCUUGAAUUAUGUUAACUUUGUCGACAAUAUUGUCUAUGAGAACAUACUGAAGACCGUGGGUGUGAGUGUUGGCUAUUUGGCGGAGAACAUGGAUCCUGAUAACAACUGUGCGCCGCUUUUUGAGUCCCGCUUAGAGUUGGUGGAACCGAAUUUGGUAUUUGUACCGUCGCUUGAUCCCGAAGAUCCGAUGGGUUUCAAUAAUAUGUUGAUCGAACUGAUGCGCGACAUAAUGAAAAUGGCAACGCUAAUUAAGCGAUUGAAGAGGAAUGAAAAACGAAAUUAUGGCGUUAUGGUUAAGGAAAACCAGGACAUCAUUGAUAUGCGACGCGAGAUAUUGAAUGGUGUCGAUCGGGUUAUGGAGGAAGCGUCUCUCUUUUGUCGCCAAUUUGAACGCUACUCGUAUCUCUGGCUCGACGACCGUCAAGAAUGUAUGGAAUAUUUUCUGGAGUACGGGCGUAUUCUGGAUGUGGACGAAAUAGAUUUGGUGUUAAUGAAAGAUCCGAGCGCACCACAACCAUGUGCACCCACCAUAGAGGCAUUCCGCGAACAAAUCGACAACUACGAAUCAUUAUUUAGUGAAAUUGAAGAUAUUGCGCCAUUUCAGAUUUUCAAUACUUGGUUCCAAGUAGACGUGCGUCCUUUUAGGCAAGCUCUGCUAAAUACUGUUUGCAAAUGGGGCAAUAUGUUUAAGGAACAUCUGGUGAAUACUGUCACAAAUAAUCUCAUGGAUUUGAGUAGUUUCAUACGGAAGGCAGAUGAAGGUCUAUUGCAGACCGUAAAGGAGGGUGACUACGACGGACUUGUGAGCAUUAUGGCAUAUCUGAUGCAAGUGAAGGAGCGCGCAGUCAAAACGGACAACAUGUUUGAGCCCAUGCAAGAGACCAUACAAUUGCUAAAGUACUUCGAUAUGGAUAUACCGGAAGAGGUGAAUGUGUUGUUGCAAGAACUGCCUGAGCAAUGGGUGAACACGAAGAAGAUUGCUGUGACUGUGAAGCAACAGGUGUCGCCGUUGCAGGCUACCGAAGUGGUGCGCAUACGGAACAAGGUGGCCGAGUUUGAGACACAUACACAACUAUUUCGGGAGAUUUUCAAACAUUACAAGUUCUUUCGGUUCGAUUGUCAUCAACCUUAUCUGCUAAUCGAUCGCAUAAAUGACGACAUAUAUCGUUUGGAAUGUGAGAUGCGCGACAUACAGCAAUCGGGUAGCCUUUUCGAGGUUAAUAUACCCGAGUUUAAGGCCUUGAAACAAUGUCGCAAGGAGUUGAGAAUGUUAAAGCAACUUUGGGAUUAUGUGUACAUCGUGCAAACCUGUAUCGAAGAUUGGAAAACAACACCAUGGCGUAAAGUCGAUGUGGAAAACAUGGAUAUUGAAUGUAAAAAAUUUGCUAAGGAUAUACGCCUACUGGACAAAGAGAUGCGUGCAUGGGAUACAUUCGUGAAUUUGGAAUCGACCGUAAAGAAUAUGUUGACUUCGUUGAGAGCUGUUGGAGAGCUACAAAAUCCAGCUAUUCGUGAACGCCAUUGGAAUCAGCUGAUGAAUUCUACUAAGAGUCUAGCCGCAUUACCGAAAGACAUAACGGUGAAAUUUAUAAUGGACCAUGAAACUACACUCGCCGAGCUGUUGGGUCUCAAUUUGCAUGAAUGCGAGGAGGAGGUGAAGAAUAUCGUCGAUAAAGCUGUAAAGGAAAUGUCUAUGGAGAAGAUUUUACGUGAUUUACACACCACUUGGUCCGCGAUGGAAUUCGAUCAUGAACUCCAUCCACGCACUGGCUGUAAUCUUCUCAAGGCAUCGGAGGAACUCAUAGAGACUCUCGAAGAUAAUCAGGUCUGCUUACAAAAUCUGAUAACAUCAAAGUACAUUGCGCACUUCCUUGAGGAGGUGUCAACAUGGCAGAACAAACUGAUGGUUGCGGAUCAGGUGAUCACCGUCUGGUUUGAGGUGCAACGCACUUGGACCCAUCUCGAAAGUAUCUUCAUGAGUUCCGAAGACAUACGCAAGCAAUUGCCAGUCGACUCGGAUCGUUUCGAUCGCAUCGACGCUGAAUUUCGCAUACUAAUGGACGAGAUGUCUGUGUCAUCGAAUGUUGUGGCGUCGACAAAUCGACCCGGGUUGAUCGAACGCUUGGAACACCUACAGAAGGAGCUUACAUUGUGUGAGAAGGCACUGGCAGAGUAUUUGGAAACGAAACGUUUAGCUUUUCCUCGUUUCUACUUUGUGUCAUCAGCCGAUUUACUCGAUGUGCUCAGCAAUGGCAUUCAGCCCGAGAUGGUCACCAAACAUUUGACCAAACUUUUUGAUUCGAUAGCACGUUUGAAAUUUAAUCGCGACGGGUCGAACGAGAUUGACACAGCUUCGGGUAUGUACGCCAAAGAUGGUGAAUAUGUGGAAUUUAAUGAUUUGGCGAGUAUACGCGGACCGGUGGAAGUUUGGCUGAAUCGCAUCCAGGCGGCCAUGCGUGCCUCGCUACGUCAUUACGUGUCCGAAGCUGUAGUUGCCUAUGAGGAAAAGCAACGUGAGCAAUGGUUAUUCGACUAUCCUGCACAGGUGUCACUCUGUGGAUCUCAAAUUUGGUGGUCCACCGAGGUGAACAUUGCCUUCGGUCGUUUGGAGGAAGGUUACGAUAAUGCCAUCAAGGACUACUACAAAAAACAGAUUUCUCAGUUGAGCUUGCUCAUCACACUAUUGCUGGGCGAGCUGACCAAGGGAGAUCGUCAGAAGAUAAUGACCAUAUGUACAAUUGAUGUGCAUUCGCGCGAUGUGGUCGCUAAAAUGAUCCAAGCCAAACUGGAUUCGGGUUCAGCAUUCAUGUGGCAGUCACAGUUGCGACAUCGCUAUGACGAAAUUGAAAAGGACUGUUUUGCAAAUAUUUGCGAUGCAGAAUUUCAAUAUUCGCAUGAGUAUUUAGGUAAUACACCGCGGUUGGUUAUCACACCGCUAACAGAUCGUUGUUAUAUCACACUGACGCAAUCGUUGCAUUUGAUAAUGGGCGGUGGACCAGCUGGGCCCGCGGGUACGGGCAAGACCGAAACCACGAAGGAUUUAGGACGUGCUCUGGGCAUUAUGGUGUACGUCUUCAACUGUUCCGAACAAAUGGACUAUCAGUCAUGCGGCAAUAUUUACAAAGGAUUGGCGCAAACAGGCGCUUGGGGAUGCUUUGACGAAUUUAACCGCAUCACAGUGGAGGUGCUCUCCGUUGUGGCUGUGCAGGUGAAAUCUGUGCAAGAUGCUAUACGUGACAAGAAAGAUAAAUUCAAUUUUAUGGGUGAAUUCAUUUCCUGUGUGCCCACAGUGGGCAUAUUUAUUACCAUGAACCCCGGUUAUGCUGGCCGUACGGAGUUGCCCGAAAAUCUAAAGGCGCUUUUUCGGCCUUGUGCUAUGGUUGUGCCGGAUUUUGAGCUGAUUUGUGAAAUUAUGUUGGUGGCAGAAGGUUUCCAAGAUGCUCGUGUGUUAGCUAGGAAAUUCAUAACGCUCUACACACUAUGCAAAGAGUUGCUCUCUAAACAGGAUCACUACGAUUGGGGACUCAGGGCAAUUAAGUCGGUACUAGUUGUCGCCGGAUCCUUGAAGCGUGGCGAUCCUGGUCGCCCUGAGGAGGAGGUGCUUAUGCGCGCAUUACGUGAUUUCAACAUACCCAAGAUCGUCACAGACGAUAUGCCUGUCUUCAUGGGUCUAAUUAGUGAUCUGUUUCCCGCCUUGGAUGUACCCAGAAAACGUGAUCAGGAUUUUGAGCGCACCGUCAAACAAGCCGCAUCCGAUCUCUUACUACAGCCCGAAGACAAUUUCAUAUUAAAAGUCGUACAGUUGGAGGAGCUAUUAGAAGUGCGUCAUUCCGUUUUCAUUGUCGGUAAUGCUGGCACCGGCAAAACUCAAGUGUGGAAAACUUUGCUCCGCACGUAUCAAAAUAUCAAACGAAAACCGAUUUUUAAUGAUUUAAAUCCAAAAGCUGUUACCAAUGAUGAACUCUUCGGCAUCAUCAACCCGGCUACGCGUGAAUGGAAAGAUGGUUUGUUUUCUGUGAUAAUGCGAGAUCAAGCAAACAUAACGGGUGAUCAGCCCAAAUGGAUUGUGCUCGAUGGCGAUAUCGAUCCUAUGUGGAUUGAAAGCUUAAAUACCGUUAUGGACGAUAACAAAGUAUUGACUUUGGCCAGUAACGAGCGCAUUGCGCUGACACCUUCGAUGCGCUUGCUUUUUGAGAUUUCCAAUUUGAGAACAGCCACUCCAGCUACCGUCUCCCGAGCGGGCAUACUCUAUAUAAACCCGCAAGAUUUAGGCUGGAAUCCUUACGUCAGCAGCUGGGUGGAAACACGCAAAAUACCUUCAGAGAAGUCUAACCUGGUAAUGUUGUUCGAUAAAUAUAUACCAGCCUCAUUGGAGACCAUACGCACACGCUUUAAGAAAAUUACGCCUAUUGCCGAAAUGGCGCAUAUACAGAUGUUAUGUCACUUGUUGGAAUGUUUCUUGACGCCUACGAACACACCAGCCGAUUGCCCAAAAGAAUGGCACGAACUGUAUUUCGUUUUUGCUUGUGUUUGGGCAUUCGGAUCGGCUAUGUUCCAGGAUCAAGCGAUCGACUAUAGAGUCGAAUUUAGCAAAUGGUGGGUAAACGAAUUCAAAACUGUUAAAUUCCCACAAGGCGGCACCGUAUUUGAUUAUUUCCUUGAUACGGAAACAAAAGCAUUUAUCCCUUGGAUCGAUAAAAUACCGAAAUUCGAGCUUGAGUCCGAUCUACCGUUACAAGCAGUGUUGGUACAUACCUCUGAAUCGAUACGCGUUCGCUUUUUCCUUGAACUACUUAUGAAUAUGCGACAUCCCGUUAUGUUGGUGGGCACUGCCGGUUGCGGCAAAACUGUACUCGUCAAUGAAAAACUACAGGCACUCAAUGAGAAUUAUGCGGUCACUACGAUUCCUUUCAACUACUACACCACCUCAGAAAUGCUGCAAAAGAUACUGGAGAAGCCAUUGGAGAAGAAAGCAGGUCGCAAUUAUGGCCCACCAGGUAAUAAGACACUCAUCUACUAUAUUGAUGACAUGAAUAUGCCAGAGGUGGACUGCUAUGGUACCGUACAACCGCACACAAUCAUUCGUCAACAUUUGGACUAUGGACAUUGGUAUGAUCGCAACAAGUUAUCGCUGAAAGAUAUACACAAUUGUCAGUAUGUAGCAUGUAUGAAUCCGACAGCUGGCAGCUUUACUAUCAAUCCACGUCUUCAGCGGCAUUUCUGUGUGUUGGCCGUAAGCUUUCCAAGUGGUGAUUCCAUCACCUCGAUCUUUUCAACGAUCUUGUCACAGCAUUUCACCAAUGCUGAACAGAAAUUUAAUCCGAUAGUGACGCGCAUGACAUCUAACAUUGUUGCCGCGACGUUGGCUCUGCAUAACAAGUCCACACAGAUAUUCUUGCCGACGGCCAUAAAGUCGCAUUACAUCUUCAAUUUAAGAGACAUCAGCAACGUGUUUCAGGGCUUACUUUUUAGCACAGCAGACUGUUUGACUGGCUCAUCCGAUCUUAUACGUCUGUGGCAACAUGAGACACAACGUGUUUAUGGCGAUAAACUAAUCGACGAAAAGGACAUCGACAGUUUCACCAAGAUGCAACAUGACAUAGUGAAGAAGUCUUUCGAGGAGAUUGAUGAAUCGGUCAUCUUUGAUAAACCCAAUAUAUAUUGUCAUUUCGCUGGAGGAAUUGGUGAACCCAAGUACAUGCCCGUAAAGGGUUGGACUGAGCUUCACAAACUCCUUCAGGAAGCAAUGGCAUCGUACAAUGAUCUCGUGGCGGCAAUGAAUUUGGUACUCUUCGAGGAUGCCAUGAUGCAUGUGUGCAGAAUAAAUCGCAUAUUGGAAUCGCCGCGAGGUAGCGCUCUUCUAGUUGGUGUCGGUGGCAGUGGUAAGCAAUCUUUGUCGCGGCUGGCAGCAUUCAUUUCUAGUUUGGAAGUCGUGCAAAUACAACUGAAAAAGGGUUAUGGCAUAAAUGAUUUGAAGAAUGAGUUUUCCGGCUUAUAUCUGAAAGCUGGUUUGAAAAAUGUCGGCAUAAUGUUCCUCAUGACUGAUGCACAAAUACCCAGUGAAGAUUUUCUGGUGCUAAUCAACGACAUGCUCUCGACUGGCGAGAUUCCAGAUAUCUUUCCAGAUGAUGAAAUUGAAAACAUUAUCGCUGGAGUACGUAACGAAGUAAAAGGCGCUGGUAUGGUCGACUCCCGCGAGAACUGUUGGAAAUUCUUUAUAGACCGCGUACGUAAACAAUUGAAGAUUGUGCUCUGCUUUUCACCGGUGGGCUCGACAUUGCGUGUGCGUUCGCGAAAAUUCCCCGCAAUCAUAAAUGCCACUUCCAUUAACUGGUUCCAUGAAUGGCCACAAGAAGCACUUAUUUCGGUGGCAAUGAACUUUUUGUCAAUGAAUAAAGUUUUGCCCGAGACUCAUCGCGAUUCCGUGGCCAAAUUUAUGGCUUACGUGCACACUUCAGUAAAUGCCACUUCCAAGGUGUAUCUGCAAACGGAGCGUCGCUAUAAUUAUACCACACCAAAAAGCUAUCUUGAACAGAUCAGUCUUUACUUGAAGUUAUUGAACCACAAACACGACGAUUUACAGGGCAAGAUCGUGCGUUUGGAAAAUGGUCUAGAGAAGUUGCGUUCCACUGCUGUGCAAGUGGCAGAUUUGAAGCUGAAGUUAGCUGUCCAAGAGGUGGAAUUGAAGGAGAAGAAUGAAGCAGCUGACGCGCUCAUCGAGAUCGUUGGAAUCGAAACAGAAAAAGUACAAACUGAGAAGGCAGUAGCUGAUGAAGAGGAAAUGAAGGUGGCGCUCAUAGCCGAUGAGGUGAGCAAGAAGCAGAAGGAUUGCGAAGAAGAUCUGUUGAAAGCGGAGCCCGCAUUGACCGCCGCACAAGAAGCGCUUAACACUUUGAACAAAGCAAAUUUAACCGAACUGAAGUCGUUUGGGUCCCCGCCCGGCGCUGUCACCAAUGUAACUGCAGCUGUCAUGGUACUACUGGCGCCUGGUGGCAAACUACCCAAAGAUCGUUCAUGGAAAGCGGCCAAAAUUUCCAUGGCUAAGGUAGACACAUUUCUGGAUGCACUCAUCAACUAUGACAAAGAGAAUAUACACCCGGAAAUUAUAAAAGCAAUACAACCCUAUCUAAAAGAUCCAGAAUUUGAACCCGAAUUUGUGCGCUCUAAGUCAGGCGCUGCUGCGGGACUCUGCGCAUGGGUUAUUAACAUAAUCAAAUUCUACGAAGUAUAUUGCGAUGUAGAGCCGAAACGUAAGGCAUUGGCUGCAGCGAAUGCUGAAUUGGCCGCAGCACAGGAAAAGUUAGCAGGCAUCAAAAGGAAAGUCGCGAAUCUCGAAGAGCAAUUGGCAAAGCUGACGGCCGACUUCGAACAGGCCACUGCUGAUAAGUUACGUUGCCAACAGGAGGCUGAUGCCACGCAAGCCACAAUCGCGUUGGCCAACCGGCUGGUCAAUGGCUUAGCUAGUGAGAAUGUGCGUUGGGCCGAAGCGGUAAACAGCUUUGUCAAACAAGGCAUUACCCUGCCAGGUGACAUUCUACUGAUUACCGCCUUUAUCUCAUAUGUGGGCUGCUUCACCAAACAAUUUCGCAUAGAUUUGCUGCAAAAGAUGUGGACACCGUUUUUGAAGAGCAUCGAUCCACCCAUUCCAACCACUGAGAAUUUAGAUCCACUCUCAUUGCUAACAGAUGACACAACAAUUGCUAUAUGGACCAAUGAAGGAUUACCAAGUGAUCGUAUGUCCAUUGAGAAUGCCACAAUACUAUCGAAUUCGGAUCGUUGGCCGCUGAUGAUCGAUCCACAGCUACAAGGUGUGAAAUGGAUUAAACAAAAGUAUGGCGAGGAAUUGAAAGUGAUACGUUUGGGGCAGCGUAGCUAUUUGGAUAUUAUAGAAUUGGCCAUUACUAAAGGCAGCAUUGUGCUGAUCGAGAAUAUCGAUGAAAACUUAGACCCGGUGCUAGAUUCGCUGCUAGGAAGAAAUCUGAUAAAGAAGGGCAAAGCCAUCAAAAUUGGUGACAAAGAAAUCGAGUAUAACUCAAACUUCCGCCUAAUAUUGCACACUAAGUUAGCUAACCCGCACUAUAAACCUGAAAUGCAGGCUCAAAGUACUUUAAUUAACUUCACUGUGACACGCGAUGGCUUAGAAGACCAACUGUUGGCGGAAGUGGUUAAGGCAGAGCGUCCUGAUCUGGAAGAUCUGAAGGCCGAACUAACAAAGCAACAAAAUGAUUUCAAAAUCAUGCUGAAAAAGCUUGAAGAUGAUUUGCUAUCCAGGCUAUCUUCAGCAGGUGAAAAUAUUUUGGGUGAUACAGCAUUGGUGGAAAACUUGGAGACCACAAAGAGCACAGCAUCAGAAAUUGAAGUGAAGGUUGCUGAAGCUAAAAUUACUUCUAAGGAAAUCGACAAGGCUCGCGAGUAUUAUCGUCCAGCAGCGGCAAGAGCAAGUUUACUCUACUUCAUACUUAAUGAACUCAACACUAUUAAUCCCAUUUAUCAAUUUUCGCUUAAGGCUUUUAGCGUAGUAUUCCAAAAGGCCAUCGCACGCGCCGAUCCCGGUGAAUGUUUAGAUGCACGUGUUUCUAAUUUAAUCGAUUGCAUAACCUACUCCGUAUUUCAAUACACUUCGAGAGGUUUGUUCGAAUGUGAUAAACUAAUUUUCGCAUCGCAAAUGGCUUUCCAGAUUCUUUUGAUGAACGAGGAAAUUACAUCUACCGAACUGGACUUUUUACUCCGCUUCCCGAUUAAACCGCACGUCACAAGCCCGGUUGAUUUUCUAUCCAACCAAUCGUGGGGCGGAAUAUGCAGUCUGGCGUCUAAAGAUGAAUUCCGUAACCUCGAUCGGGAUAUAGAAACUUCAUCAAAACGCUGGAAGAAAUUGGUGGAAUCCGAAGCGCCAGAAAAGGAGAAAUUCCCGCAAGAGUGGAAGAAUAAGACGGCGCUGCAGCGUCUCUGCAUGAUACGCGCGCUGAGACCGGAUCGCAUGACCUAUGCGCUGGCCGAUUUCAUAGCUGAAAAACUUGGCAACAAAUAUGUAGAGAAUCGCGCUUUGGAAUUCGCAAAAUCCUUUGAAGAGACUAGUCCUUCUACACCAAUUUUCUUCAUAUUAUCGCCAGGUGUGAACCCGUUGAAGGACGUUGAGGCGCUGGGCAAACUUAUGGGUUUCACUAUGGAUUUGGGCAAUUUUCACAAUGUAUCGCUGGGUCAGGGCCAGGAAGUUAUUGCUGAGGCAGCCAUGGAUACGGCCGCCAAAAAUGGUCACUGGGUUGUAUUGCAAAAUAUACAUUUGGUGCGUAAAUGGUUGCCGGUGUUGGAGAAGAAAUUGGAAUUCUACGCAGAAGGUUCGCAUCCAGAUUAUCGCAUGUUUUUAAGUGCCGAACCGGCAUCCUCACCUUCGGCGCAUAUUAUACCACAGGGUAUUCUCGAGUCCUCUAUUAAGAUAACUAAUGAACCACCCACAGGCAUGUUGGCCAAUUUACACAAAGCACUUGACAACUUCACGCAGGAAACAUUGGAAAUGUCCGGCAAAGAAGCAGAAUUUAAAGCUAUACUUUUCUCACUAUGCUAUUUCCAUGCCGUGGUGGCUGAACGGCGCAAAUUCGGACCACAAGGCUGGAACAAAAUCUAUCCAUUCAAUGUAGGUGACUUAAAUAUUAGCGUAUCUGUGUUGUACAAUUAUCUCGAGGCAAACGCAAAAGUACCCUGGGAGGAUUUACGUUAUCUUUUCGGUGAAAUCAUGUAUGGCGGUCACAUAACUGACGACUGGGAUCGUCGUUUGUGCAUCACAUAUCUGGAGGAGUAUAUGCAACCAGAUCUGGUUGAUGGGGAACUCUUUCUAGCACCCAGUUUUCCGGCGCCACCCAACACAGAUUACGCCGGUUAUCAUACAUAUGUGGAUGAAAUGAUGCCUGCCGAAUCACCAUACCUGUAUGGCCUGCACCCAAAUGCAGAAAUUGGUUUUCUAACCACACGGGCUGAGAAUAUAUUCCGCACGGUAUUUGAGAUGCAACCGCGCGAUGCGGGCGCUAGUGGUGGCGCCACAGUGACCAGAGAAGAUAAGGUGAAACAAAUCGUAGAUGAAAUUAUGGAAAAAUUGCCCGAAGAAUUCAACAUGGUGGAGAUAAUGAACAAAGUGGAAGAGCGUACUCCCUAUGUGAUUGUAGCUUUUCAGGAGUGUGAACGUAUGAAUUAUCUGACUAGCGAGAUGAAGCGCAGUUUGAAAGAAUUGGAUUUGGGUUUGAAAGGUGAGCUCACGAUCACAUCCGAUAUGGAGGUAUUGGAGAAUUCACUCUUUUUGGAUCAAGUGCCGCCGGUGUGGGCGCAACGCGCCUAUCCAUCACUGCUGGGCUUGAAUUCAUGGUUCAUCGAUUUGUGUUUGCGUUUGCGCGAAUUGGAAACAUGGUCUACUGAUUUUGUGCUUCCUUCCUGUGUCUGGUUGGCCGGUUUUUUUAAUCCGCAGUCGCUACUAACCGCAAUUAUGCAGAGCACCGCGCGCCGCAAUGAAUUACCGUUGGAUAAAAUGUGCCUUCAAUGCGAUGUGACUAAAAAGCAGAAGGAGGAUUUCACCACGGCACCACGGGAAGGCGCCUACGUUCAUGGCAUAUUUAUGGAAGGCGCCAGAUGGGAUAUACCGCAAGGCAUUAUCAUGGAAUCGCGUCUCAAAGAACUCUACCCGCCAAUGCCAGUCAUCAAUAUUCGGGCCAUUACGCAGGACAAGCAAGAUUUGCGCAACAUGUACGAAUGCCCUUUGUAUAAGACGCGCACCCGUGGCCCCACUUACGUUUGGACAUUCAACUUGAAAACUAAGGACAAGCCCGGUAAAUGGACGCUAGCUGGUGUGGCUUUACUGCUGCAAACAUAAAUGAACAAAAUAUAACUGUUAUUAUGCAAUUUUAUUAUUAGAUUCUUAGAUUGAUAACUCACCAAAAGUGAUGAAGGUAGUUGAGAAUAUGAUUUUCUUCCGUUAAUCUAAAACAAUAAACGUAAAAAUAUGAA